AUGCCCAGUGGCAACUCCUCGACUUCCGGGUCACCCCCACCGACCCCCCUACCCUUCAGGACACCUUCGAACGCACCCUCUGCACCGUCCACGCCCAUCAAAUGCAACUUGCCACUUUACUCGACUCACGGUGGAGAUUGGUUUGUGGAACCGUUUCUGGAUAAGGUUCGCGCCUGGGAAGAGAAACUAUCGAUUGUGGAGGAAUGUGUCACGUUAUGGUCCAUGAUCAGCAAUUUGUGGACUGAGGUGUGGUCGUUGUUUGGGGUGCGGGAGGCGGACGUGCCCCCGGAGGCGGCGGAGGCGUUCGGCGCCACCCGGAAGGUGUACCUGGCGCUGGUGGGGGAGGCGGGGAAAAGUCCUCAGGUGUUGGCCACGUGCGCCGCCCCCGGCUACGCGAAACGCCUGCGAUCCUUGCUGGCGGCCCUGGAGGCGGACGCCGCCUCCUUCCGCCGCCUCCUCGCCGCCCACAGACAAAACCUGCCUCGCCUCCACUUCGUCCCUGACCGCCAGCUCGUCGCCCUUCUCGCAGCCCCCCUCCCCCUCUGCUUCCAACGCAUCCUCGGAAAGAAAAGCAACGCGUACCCGCACAUUUCGAGGGUUGAAAUGGAAGGCGAUUCGGCCGAAGGGUGGACCCUGACAGGGUUCACGUCGAUCGAGGGCGAGCUGGUUCCCUUCGAGCGCCCUUUCAAGGUGGACCCUGAGGCAGGGCGCGCCUUUCUCCUAUCGCGUCUCGACGAGGCGAUCAAGGCGGCCGUGGCCGCCUCUGUGGCCAGGUCUGUGGCCGCCCCCGCAGGAGACGUCGUGGGGGUGGUGGAGGGGGCGGCGGCCACUUUGUGGCAACCAGCCCUGGACGUCGCGUGGACCGAGCAGGUGGAGGGGAGUCUGCGAAAGGGCGUGGCCCCGAGCUGUGCGCCGUUCGACGCCGCCCUGGCCGCCGUCGUCGACGCCCUGAGAGGCCAACGGCCACGCGUGCAGGCGGCCAAGCUGGCGGCGGCCGUGGUGUUGUUGGCGCACCACCGCAGCGUGGUUGAGAGGCUCGUGGCCGCCGCCGCCGCCCACCCUGAUCACUUCCUGUGGCACACCCAGCUCAGGUUCUACUCCUCGCCUCCCCAACCCCUUCAGGUACGCCAGGCCUUCGCCCAACUCGACUACGGAUACGAGUUCUCAGGAAUCGGCGGACAAAUUGUCCGAACUUUGGCGAGUGAGAGGGCGACGCUGGCGUCGACGCAGGCGCUGAGCCUCAAGUGCGACGUGUUGUUGCGGGGGUGGGGGAAGGCGAGCGUGGUGCGCGACCUGGCCAAGAGCGUGGGUCGGCGCCUGGUGGAGACGCACUGCGGAGGGGGCGGAAGCCAGGUGGGGCGGUUGCUGGUGGGGGUGGCGCAGACCGGCUUCUGGGGGUGUUUGGGGCGGCUCGAGGCCCUUGACCCCUCAGCCCUGUCGCUGCUCGCGGCGCGCCUGCGCACCCUCAGGGCAGCGCGCCUCCUCGCCCUCCCCUCCUUCGCCCUCGACGCAGCCACCCCCGAGCUUCGUCUGCACCCUGCCGGGGCGAUUUUCGCCACCGCGGCUUCCAAGCCCCACCGCAAACAACUUCCCCUCACCCUCACCGCCCUCUUCAGACCCGCCGCCUGCGCCCAACCCGACCUUCUCGCCGUCUGCGCCGUCAACCUUCAGGCCAUCACCUUCAAGAACUACAAGAAACUCUCACGCAAGAUGACCAAGAUUUUGGAGUUGAGUCGAGACCGUUUGUCGAGUCAAACUCACUACGAGUUUGGCGUCAGUUUUGCGAACGUGACCUUUGACUUUUUGAGAGCUUCUUUGACAAACAGGAAGGUUGAAGAAGCGGAAGAGGAGGAGCUUCUGGCCAUGGCCCUCCGUAAAAGCGUCCUCCACAGGCUGCAUUCUGACGACAGGGCCACCUUUGACCAGCUUAUGGCCGACAUCUUUGUCAGGAUCAACUCUUCACCUGAGGACCAAAUCGUAAUAAGAGAAAAAAUUUCAGCCCUGAUGAAUCGAAACAACCUGAAGGUAAUUGAAGGUCAGAGUCGUCAGGUUUGUCACGUCGUGGAGGCGCUGCAGCUGCGAGGGUGGGUGGCGGUUUUGGGGGCGAGCGGGGGUGGCAAGUCCGUGGUGCUUCAGGCAGCCCUGCAGGUGCUUGAGGCUGAAAUUUGCCCACUGAAUCCGAAGGCGUGCACCCUCGACGAGUUUUUCGGCCUCGAAGGACCUGACAGGGUGGAGGGCCUUUUGUCCAGCUGCCUCCGGAGGGCGUCAGGGUCGGCCAAGAAGAAAGCCCUUUUGUUCGACGCGCAGAUUGAGCCCGGCUGGUUCGACGCCCUGAGCGCUGCCCUGCUCGAUUUCCCUGACCAGGACGAUGUUCUGUUCGUCUUCGAGUCGGACGCCAUGCCCAGGGCCACGCCCACCCUUCUGCACAGGGCGCCUGUGGUCUUCAUUGACCCUGCCACCGUCCAUUUCAAAGAAAUCUGGGAGGCGAAAAGGUUCGAUUCUUCUGCAGAGCUGCAAGGUUUGUUCGAAAGGUUCGCGGUGCCUUUGCUGGAACAACUGGACAAGUGGCGAACCCUGGUGCCCUUUUCUGCAACGGCCGCCGUUGAGCAGUUGAGCGACGUGCUGGCCGCCCUGAUGAAGUCCUCAGGGCCCUCAGACUUGGCUCCGACCUUCCUGCAAGCAGUUCGAUUGUCUCUAGGUGCGCUCUUGCCAACCGACCUGCGACCUGAGUUCGACCUGAAGGUGAGAAAAGCGGCCGCUGACGAUCUGCUACUUCCCCCUGACGAGGGCAGUCUCUUCGACUUUUGCUGGUGCCCCCAAAAGCAGACCUGGAUCAGGUGGCAGGACGAGGCGGUCCCUUCGGAAAGGUUCGUCCCAACCCCCACUACGGCCUUUUUCCACUGGAUCCUCGACAGGUUCAACCAGAGCUGCUUCCACGACCUCGUAUUCAAAAAGGUUUCAAGGCCGCUGGUACUGAUUGGUUGCGAAGGCUCUUCAAAGUCGCUCACCGUGCAGACUUUCCUCAGCAACCUCGACCCCUCAACUCAGGCGUGGCAGAGUUUGAACUUUUCACUGCAGACGAGCGCUGCGGACGUUCUAAGCGCCCUCAAGGGUUGGUUGCGCCUCAGGACGCGCAACGUGGCUCAACCGGCCGACAACAAGAAGCUGCUUCUUUUCCUCGACGACCUCCACAUGCCCUUGCACGACGAGCUGGGGUCUCAGGAGCCGAUCGAAUUCCUCCGAGCGCUGCUGCAGAACGGCGGAUUUUACAACGACCGCGACUCAAACUUCCAGUGGGUUCGACUAGAGAACGUUGGCUUCAUUGGGUCAAUCACGUGCGACGAAUUGAACCCUACGAGAGUUUCGCCGCGAUUUCUGGCGCGACUCAAUCUCGUUUUGGCGCCGAAAAUCUCGGACGAGCAACUUCACCACAUUUUCAGCACCCUGCUGUCGAACCACCUGCGAGAUUUCAGCCCUCAGGUCCAGCAACUCGCCGACACGAUCAUCUCUGCAUCGCUCCACCUCUACUCGGUGCUGAGCGAGUCUUUGGGCGCGACCCCUGAGCGCUGGAUGUGCCGGCCGGGGGUGCUGGACCUGACGCGGCUGGUGGUGGGGAUGUGUCAGGCGCGCCCUGGCAACUUCGGCGAGCCGGAGACCCUGGUCAGGGUGUGGCGCCACGAGGUGGACAGGGUCUUUGUUGACCGGCUCGAGAGUCUCGCGGACCGCAGGGAGGCCGAGCGUCUCGUCCAGGACGCCGUCCACCACUUCUUCGCGCCCUUCGAACGCCACGCCCUCCGCAACCCCCUUCUCUUCGGAGACUUCCGCAACGCCCUCGUCGCCCAACGCCAACACCCGCGCUGCUACGAGGACCUCCUCGACUUUGAGGCCGUUUUCUUCCUCUUCCAGGAGGUGCUGGAGGAGUACAACAAGGGGUCGGAGGAGAAGUUGGAGGUGGUUCUGCUGGACAGCGGGCUGGAGCACGUGUCGCGGCUGCACCGCGUGCUGCGCAUGCGCAGAGGCCACUCGGUGCUGGUGGGGCCGCCGGGCUGCGGCCGCCGCUCCCUCUUCAGGCUGGCCGCCCACGCCGCUCAAUGCCGCCCCUUCCGCCUCCCACUCUGCCCCCGAGCCGCCACCCACACCCUGAGAAAGGUCUUCGAUCAGGUCGGCUCGGGGACCCUGGACGCCGCCGUCGUCCUCGUCAGGGACCACCACCUCCGCAACAAAGGCGUGGCUGAGAUGGUGUACCAGGUGAUUUCGAGCGGAUGGGUGCCGAGUUUGUUCAGGGAGGGGGUUCAGGCCGAGGAAUUCAAGGCGGCGUGCGUGGCCGGUGUGCACGUCGUGCUCAGUUUGGAGCGCUCGACGCUUUUGGCCCUGACCGGCGAGUACCCUGAGCUGCUCAAGUUUGCCACCCUCGACUGGUUCCGACCCUGGGACCAGUCGGCCCUGCUCAAGGUCUCAAAACACUUCAUCGCCAAUAGCAGUUUGGUCGUCGCCGAAAAGAAAGAGUCCGUUUUGGCGCACGUGGCGCGGACGCACGAGGUCGCCGAGGGCAUUUUCGCGCAGCAACACCAGAGCCUCGGCGCAAUCAACUGCUCGCCGAGACUCUACGUCGACUUCGUCCGCCACUUCCUGCGACUUCUCGAAACCAACCUGAGCAGGACCCACGCCACGCUGACCGAACUUCUAACGGCGUUGGCAAAAAUUGGCAAGGCAAGGGAUGGACUCGUCGAAUUCCGGGAGAUUCUUCGGGAAAAAGAGACCCUUUUGGAAAAGGAAAAGGGCGCCAGCGAGGACCUGGUCAGGAAAAUCGUGGCAGUGGAGGAGGAGCGGGAGGGGAAGACGGAAGCGUGGUCCGAGUGGGAGAGGGGGGUGGAGCGUCAGGUGCGCACCCUGGCGUCGGACCGUCUGCAGGUGCGUCGCGUCCUUGACUGCGCCCUGCCCGAAUUGGCCGCGGCCCAACAGGCCAUCGCCGCCCUUCAGCAACAAGACGUCGCGCAAAUCAGAGAGUAUCUUUUGGAUUCUUCUCCUUCAUCGGAGUGUUUGAAGCAGUUCGUCGUGCAGAUUCCUUUGCUGCGGGGCCAAGAAUCCGCAACUGCUGAUCAGAUUUUGGACAACGUGCAAGUUUUUCAGAAGGUCUUUUUGCUGCCAGACCACGACACUCUUUCCCACUCGGCCUGUCGCAAGCUGAAGGUUCUUUUGAAGAGAUGUUCGACUUUGGACGCUUCGAUUUUGGAAAAUGUUUCUGCGUUCAAGUCACUCGUGGGUUUUGUGGACGCGGCGCUUCAGUAUUGCAACGUGGUGCGCGAAAUCAAACCCAAGCUGGAGCAAAUCGCUGGCACCGAACUCGAGUUAACCCAGGCAAGAGAGAAAUCCGGAGGAGUGCAGGAGGAAGUGGUGCUGCUGGAGCGACGAAUUUCGGAACUAAGCGAGGAGGACUCGCGACGACGGCAAAAGGUCAGUGAGGCCGAAAGGGAUGCGACCUCCUUUGCAGAUCGAUUGACAGGCUUGGAAAAUUUAUUCGCCAGUCUUCAAAACGACGAAGAAAGGAUGUUGGUCAGCGUGAACGAGUUGGAAGCAGAGAAGAGGAACCUUUUGGGCGACUGUUUGCUGACUUCAGCUUUUCUGAGUUACGCGGGACCUUUGAGUGGCGUCGGCCCUCGCAAGGAUGCGAUUGAAGAAUGGCGCCGCAGCCUCGCCACCCUCAACAUCCCCUUCUCGCCACGAUUCUCUCCCUCCAAACUCCUUCCCCACGCUAGCAGAAAACUGAGCUUUCUUGGACUGGAAGAUGCGGACGAAGCGACGCAACUCAAUUGUCUGCUUGUUUUCGCCGCGAUUCGAGCGCCGCUCUGCGUCGACACCCAGCAACAGGCCGCCGAUUGGGUGAAGACAGUGGAGGGGAGAAGUUUGGUGAUGGCGUCCGCCCUGGACGGUGACCUGGUGGAAAGGGUGAGAGGGGCGGUCGAAACGGGCACGCCCCUUUUGUUGCAGGACGUCGGCAAGAGCGUCGACGCCGCCCUUUUUGAUCUGCUCGAUGAACUGAGCAAAGGGGGUGGAGAGGGGAAGGUGCGCGUGGGCGACGAGUGGGUGGCGCUGCACCCCCAAUUCCGCCUCUACCUCAACUCGCGCGAGGCCAACCCGCAACUGGACGCAGCCGUUUUCUCCAAAACCACCGUCGUCGAUUGCACAAUGUCUGCUCAGGCUUUGGAGGAAACGCUGUUGCGAGACGUGAUCGGCGUAAAAGAGCCGCAAGUGUUGAAGUUUCACUUGGAGGAAAAAGUUCGGAGCCUCGAGUCGAGGAGACGCGAAUCUGAACUGUACUCGCAGCUUCUCAGGUUGCUGGCCGACGUCCCUGAGGAGGUUUUACUCGAAGACCAACAAUUCUUGAACAACCUCAGGACCACCAAGGAUUCAAUUUCUCAGUGUGAAAAGAGGAUUUCGAGGACUUCAGACUCGGAGGUCUUCGAGGCCACGAAGGCGGCCCUGCUUGGCGUUGCUCGCAGGGCGGCCGUCGUGUUUUCGGUGCUGGCCGACCUGGCGCACGUGUCGCCCACCUACCUCUUCUCCCUGACGACCUUCCGCCACCUUUUGGCCUCGGCCCUUCGCGAGGGUGGCGACCCUGGCGACGCCAUCACCACAAACGUGCACCGCUUCGUCUGCAGAAGUCUGUUCCCUGAGCACCAGCUGACCUUCACCAUGGCCCUGGUAGUGCGGAUUGGCCUCUGUGACGGCCACCUGGCCGCUGAUGAGGUCGCCUUUGUCUUCGAUGACCUCGAAGGUGCGGAGGGGGUGGAGGGGGCGCCCACCUGGCUCCCUCCAAAGGCAGUGCAGGGGGCGUGGCUGUUGCAGCAAAGGUUUCCCGCCCUUUUCGGCCCCUUCCUUGACACCUUGCAGCAAGAGCCCUGGCGAAAGUGGAUAGAGGAGGCCGUUCCUGAGCAGCAGCCCCUCCCCGACGACUGGGACCAAAGGUUGACGCCCUUUCAGGGUCUGAUGGUGGUCAGGGCCCUGCGCAGUGACCGUCUCGUUCCCGCCCUGAGACUCUUCGUCUGCCGCAACUACGGCAACCACUUCAUCACGCCCGUCAUUCCCAGCAUGAGGUCGCUGCUGGACGAGAGCAGCGCGAGGACGCCGAUCGUGUUGGUGGUGAGCGGGGGCGGCGUUGACCCCAGCACCGAACUGCACCGCCUCGCCCGCCAGAAGGGACUCGACGCCGGACACUUUGUCUCACUCGCCUUCACCAAACACUCCCAAAAGGAGGCGAUGGAGGCGGUUUUGAGCGCGAGUCGUCAGGGUCAGUGGCUACUUCUGCUGAACUGCCACCUCGUGGCGCGACUGUCGGCGCUGAUUUGGCGCCACCUGGACCUGAGCGUGCCGCACCCUGACUUUCGUUUGUGGCUGACCACGGACGACGUGGCCCACCUGCCCCCCAUUUUGCUACACCACGCCCUCAAAGUGGUGCUGGAGGUGCCGAGGGGGCUCAAGCUCAAGCUGACCGCCACCUUCAGGAAGAUGGACCCUGAAGUCAUGGCCGCCAGCAAACACCCGCACUUCGGAAAGGUCCUCUACGCCCUGGCCCAGCUGCACGCCACCCUGCAGGAGCGGUGCGAGUUUGAGAGUUUGGGUUGGAACGGCGAGUACCACUUUUCGAAACCGGACUUUGACGCGAGCGCCGCAUUUUUGGGGCACUUUCUCAACCGCUGCGGCUCCAAAGUGCCCUGGCACAGCAUCCGCACGUUUAUCCAACAGGUGGUUUACGGGGCGCACAUGACGGACACGUGGGACUUGGGCUUGGUGGGCGUGUACCUGCGCGAGUUGUGCGGUGCCCACGUGCUUGGGCCAAAGUUCGCCUUUUACCAGGACGAACGCGUCACCUACGGCCUGCCCGCCGUCCACAACCUCUUCGGCAUCCUAGCGUACGUGGAGAAUUUGGCGGACGAUUUGAAUCCUGCGGCGCUCGGGCUUCACGCCAACGCCGAUUUGCGCCACAACGCUCGGGCGCUCCAAACCCUGCGAUCCAACCUGGCCAAACUGCAGCCCGCACCAGCUCUUGCGGUUUGUGACGGCGACGAAGGGGCGGAGCGCGAGGAGCUGCUGCGUGCGUUGCGUUUGUUGCGCGACGCAGUGCCUGAGGGCGUGGCCGAAAGUGGACACGCCCCCGAGAGUUUCAUCGCCCUCGAGAUCCGCGGCUUCAACCGACUGCUGGCCGCCGUCCGAGACUCGCUCGACGCCCUCCAGAACGUCGUGAGCGGAAAGGGCGGGAAAAUGAGCCGCCAAAAGCGCGAGACGCUCGACGCAUUGCGGAAGGAGCGUGUGCCGGACGCGUGGCAACGACUGGCCCCGCCCACCAACAAGACGCUGCUGCCCUGGACGCGUCACCUCAAACUCAGGCACAAGCAGUACUACGAAUGGGUGAUGAUCCACGAGCCGUUGGUGGCGUGGCUGCCUGGACUGGCGAGUCCGCGCGCCUUUUUGCAGAGCGUCCUGCAGACCGCGUGCCGAAAACACCACUGGCCCCUCGAGCUGGCCGGUUUGGCCGCCGACUUCCUCCCCUCCACCUCCGCCAGCCGACUGCCCGCCCUCACAGACGGCGUGUACGUGAAAGGUGUGCACGUGGAAAACGGCGGUUGGGACGCGGAUGGAGCGUGUUUGCGCGUCGCGAGUCCUGGCGAGCUCACCCAAAAACUGCCCGUGCUGCGAGUGACCGCCGUCGCCACCGCGCCGCAGCCACAUCCGGGGAGGGUGCGGCUGCCCCUGUAUUUCUCGAGCGGACACUGCGACGCCGCCCUUUGGCACUUCGACCUGCCCUGCAAGGACCACCCCAGCACCUACGUCCUCCACGCGGCCAAACUUCUCCUGCACACCGACCAACUAGAUUAGAUCAUUUUUUGAUGAGAUUAAAAAAAAAUUGUCCGUCGAGUAAAAGGGAAUUUUUAUUAUGCUGUCACAUUUAGGCGAUUGAAUGGCCGGUUUCAUAUCCCAGAGGCAAUUUUUCAUUUCCAGUCAAUUACUUGUGAAUCAAAU